AUGGCGGGAAGGCGUAUUCGAAACACGGUCAAGACGGCUCUAGGUGGGGCGGGAGUCACGGAAGUCGAGCUGGCAGCUAUCAGCAACGCCUACGCGCAGUACGUGACCACCAAGGAGGAAUACCUCACACAAAAUUAUGAAGGCGCCUCGACGCUCUUUGGCCCCAACCAGCUGGCUGCAGUGCAGCAAGAGCUCGCUCGAGUCGCGGUGUCCGUGGCGGAUCCUUCUGUCCCGCUUAACGUGGGACCCACCCCAAUGCAGAUCGACCGCACUUCCCUCAUUACAAUGCAGACAGGAGUGAUGAUGGAUACGGCGCCUCUACUACGCUCCUUCAGCUACGUACGCACGCAGCCGUCCAGCUCGUACGCCGUCGGCAGCGUGGCCUCUGCGGUAUUCGCUGGUGCGCACCCGAAGAACGCAGUCACGUUGGUCUCGUCGUUUUGUGACAUCCAGAAACUCGGCUCAAAUGGUGCGUACACAACCACCUUGACCGACGCGCACUGGGAUCUACGCUACCAUUGGGAGCGCCAUCUCAUCACCGAGAGCAAAAACACUUGCGAGUGGAACAUCCGCAAAGGUGGACGCACAAGUGUAAUGGGCACAUAUCGCUUUGUGCACCGCGGAUACUCGAAGCACCUACUAGGCGCACUUACAGCGUAUGAAUCCACGUCCAAUUCCUUCACCGUGACGGCGUAA